CCCAAACCCGGCGCCGCUCUGGGUGGCCCGGCCAUGGCGGCGGAGGAGGAGGAGGCCGACGUGGAGUGGGUGGUAGACAGCAUCGCCGGGUUCCUCCGCGGGCCCGCCUGGUCCGUCCCCGUGUUGGAGUUCAUGGAGCAGAAAUGCGAGGUUUUUGAUGAUGAAGAGGAAAGCAAGUUGUCUUACACAGAAAUUUAUCAGGAAUACCAAGCACUGGUCGAAAAAUUAUUAGAAGGCUAUCUUACAGAAGUUGGCAUUACUGAAGAGAAAUUUCAGGAAGCUUUUUCAUCUCCUCUUGCAAAGACUCACACUUCGCAGGCCAUUUUGCAGACAGUGCUGGCAGCAGAAGAUUUUAGACUAUUUAAAAAAAUGAUGGUACAGAAAAAUAUGGAAAUGCAAUUGCAAGCCAUAAGAGUCAUGAAAGAAAGAAAUGGUGUGUUGCCUGACUGUUUGACAGAGGGUUCCGAUGUAUUCAGUGAAAUUGAACAAGAAGAAAUGAAAAUACUCAGGGAGGUUCUAAGGAAAUCUAAGGAAGAAUAUGAAAUAGAGCAAGAAAGGAGACGGAUGGAAGAAGCACGUGCUAAAUGCAAAUCACCAGCUGUGACCAAUUCUCCAGGAGAUUCAAGAGAAACUGUAAAAGUUAAGGAGUCUACUGAGGGAGCUGAUGGUUCUGGAGAUACUCCAAAGUUAUCAUUAGAGGAAGCUCGGCAAUCUGCAAGGGCAGACUUAAAGCCAGUCCGCCCAUCACAGAAAGGCCCAGAGUGCUCACCUCAGCCCACCAAAGGGAAGGAGGACACGAAGAAGAGAGCGUCUGCAAAACGUGCAGAAAGUGCAGCACAGAAAGCUGCGCCAGAAGGACACAAUGCACCAGAACUUGACGAGCAGCAGCUGAGACAACGGGAGGAGUAUCUUAAGAAAAAACGAGAUAUGCUGGUAGCUGCAAAGAAAGAGUCAAGAAAUAAUAUAAUACCACCCACAAACACGGACCAGAAGGAGGAGGAACCAUCUCCUAAAGAGGAAGUUUCAGAAGAGAAGCAAAAACUACUGCAGAAGAGGAAAGUGCUCGCAGAAAAACUAAAAGAAGAAGUUAUUAAUAAGCGGUAAUUGUGAGAAGCUCAUUGCAGACCUCAAGAACAUAGGCAUCUUUUAGAAUAAAUUAUAACCAAUAAUGGAACGGGUUUGUUUUCAAGUAUCUCACACUUGUUUUUAUAGAGCUUUCGGACAACUCAUUCUGUACUUUGUAUAAAAUGUUUGAAGUUGUGCUGAAAUACAUUGGAAACGGAUUUUCCAGAAUGCUGGAAGCUCACGGAUUUUCACUGGAAUGUGCUCAGCACUGGGGCAGUUUCACAGCCUCACCCACUCAAAUGUACAACAAAUAUUCAUCUGUUAAAAUAAUAGCUAAAAAAUGUGAACAAACAGAUUUGAUUAACCUUACCUUUUUCUAAAGAUUAUAGAACUUGGUUCAUUAGAAUAUCAGAAAUAAACUACUAUUUCGGGCUGUAA